AUGUUGAGAGAUGUCCAAAGCAAGACAUCACGAAGACCAUCACUGGUGCGAUUGACUGCCUUUGCACUUUGCUGUUGUUUCCGAUGCAACCGCAUCCAGUUGCCCUUUACCGUUCCAUCCUUGGCCCGUCGUGACAUCUUCGCCAUUGGUGCAAUGCCGCUGCUGGCGACAGCCCCGAAAACAGCUGCAGCUUCUGCACCCAGCGCGGGGGAGUGCAUCAGGGAUAUGGCAACAAAGAAUGCCCAAAGAGAUCCCGACUCUGCGCCCAGUUUUCUCCGCUUGGCCUUCCAUGACGCCGCGACCAAGCGCUCUGACGGCCAGGGGCCGAAUGGCUCGAUUCGUUUUGAGCUCACGAGGAACGAAAACAUUGGGCCAUCCUUGCGGCAGGCCUUGCAGUUCAUCGAAGAGAUCGUGGGAAAAUGUCAAGUUUCAUGGGCGGAUGCCAUCGCAGUGAGUGGCGCAGCAGUUGUUGAAGCCCUGGGCGGUCCAAAGAUUGACGUCCCCACGGGCCGCAAGGAUGUCACUAUGGAAGAUGCUGAGAAUCGCUUGCCAGAUGGCAGCUUGACCUCAGGCGCCAUCCGCGACUACUUUCGACAACUGGGCUUUUCGGAUGAGGAGCUGGUGGCCCUCUUGGGUGCGCAUACCAUUGGUCGAUGGACUUCACUACUGGGGGUGCAGCCUGCAUGCAUGGCCGAAGAAGGUUUGAAGUUCUGGAUUUGCAGCCGUGAGCAGGGAAGAAGACUGCCGUUUACAUCUCGCCCUACUCUAUUCAAUAAUGAUUACUUCAAGGACGUCUUGGAAUUUGAACGUCGGCAGAAAAUGCCUCGGCCAGCUAAACGCUACAAAGAUCGAGCUGAUGGGGGACUGCCAGCACUGUAUUUGUUACCAUCUGACAUCGGCCUCCUGUACGAUGCGGCUCUCCACCGCCAAGUGGAAAAGUUUGCGCUGGACCAAGCCGCCUUUUUCGCCGCAUUUUCCACGGCGGCCCUGCCAAUGGGACCGGGGCUGGGAUGA